GAAGGGCUGAACAGGUGGCACUAAGUCUAAGAAAAGACUAAUGGUGGUGCUAUAAUUGCCUGGGUUUCUGCUAAUAAAGAAACUCCAUUUUCCUGUUUAUUAGAAUAAAUUUCUUAGGUAUCUGCUUUGUGUUUGGUUUUUUGUUUUUUUUUUUUUUUUUUUUGUUUGUUUGUUUGUUUUUGUUUAUUUCUUUUUGUUUGCCUAUUUGUUUGUUUCUUAAUUAUAAUUUCAAAUACUUGCAGGAGAAAAUAAUUAAAAAGGUAAAAUUGUUUUACAGUCAGAUGUCAUAUUUGGUGGUUCAAACUCUGGGUUUCUCUGGUUUUGAUGAUAAGCAGAAGUUUUGUGAAGAGAUAUUUACUUGUGUACUUUGCUUUAAGAGACACUUAAUUAGAUUUAGUUUUCCUAAUUUUAUUUCAUUAGGAGCUGAAUAAGUUUGUCUCUAGUGACCGUUUAGCUGCCUGGAUGAUUUAGAUUGUAUUCUUACUCUUCUUUUGACUCUUGCCUGAGACACAAGAACUGUAGUGGCUUUAGAGGUUCCUGAUUUUUUUUCUAAUGCCAGUUCAGUUUUAAAGAAGCACUAAAACUACUUGAGUCCAUGCUGUAUGUAAUAUUUUCCCUUUGAAAACAGUAAUUUUUUCUAUAAACUUUAAAAUGCUAAGAAUGCCAUUAAUUUUUUUUUUUUUUUUCCCCUGUGGGAUUUCUUUCAGAUGUAAUUGUUAUGACAGCAGCAAACCUACUUGGUAGCAAAAGAAAUGAGCUUUGGUGGUUUGACCUUGUGUACCUGCCAGACCCCCUGUCAGAGCUGUUCUAUCACUCUGCCUCCUCAACAGCAUAAUUAUGAUGAAAGAGCUUGUGGGCCAAAUGAGGACAGGCAGAUCACUCAGAAGUUAAGGUGGUUGACCAGAUUGACACUCUGACGUCUGACCUGCAGCUGGAGGAUGAGAUGACAGACAGUUCCAAAACGGACACGCUCAACAGCAGCUCCAGCAGCACAACAGCUUCUAGCUUGGAGAAAGUCAAGCUGCGGGGCAGCACACCACUCAUCAAGCCUCCUGCACACCCCUCCGCUAUCCUUACUGUGCUGAGGAAGCCAAAUCCGCCUCCUCCUCCACCACGACUGACACCCGUUAAGUGUGACAAGCCUCCCAGGCUGCCUCCUUCGGCCAACCCCGUCAAGACUAAUGGCACCCUGCUGCGAAAUGGGGGCUUGCCAGUUGGGCCCAGCCGCAUCCCAAAUGGAGAUAUAUGCUGUACACCAGGCAGUAAUUUGGAGAAAGUUGCAAUGCAGCCUCUGAUGCACAGACCUGAGAAAGAGCGAUGUCCUCAGCCUGGAGCAAGGGAACGGGUACGAUUUAGUGAAAAAGUACAGUACCACGGCUAUUGCCCUGAUUGUGAUGUUCGGUAUAACAUUAAAAACAGGGAGGUGCAUUUGCACAGUGACCCUGUGCGUGCUAUGGGAAAGCUGCCGCACCAGUGCCCUCCUCUGCCGCCUCCACCACCUCCACUGCCUGCAUUUCCUCUGGAAAAUGGAGGGUUGGGGUUAAGUCCCAGUAAUAGCUUCCCUCCUCCAAGACCUGCAACUGUGCGUCCACAAACUGCACCAAAACCCCAGAAAACCAUCCUGAGGAAAUCAACUACAACAACAGUGUGAUGUAUGCCACUGGAAACAACUCUCUCUUUUCCUAUAUUUAAAGAUAAAUAGGUAAUGAGCACUUUCUACUUGAGCAAUAAAACGACCCAAGUGAAGUGGCAUAAAAAUCACAUGCACCUUCAGACUUAAAGGAAUAUCUAUACCUGGAGGCACAUCAGAUAAUUUCUUGCAUAUCAGAUUCAUCAUAGUGACUUCUGCAGGCCAGAUCUGAGAAGUACCCAGGAACCUGACCCUCUGAGGAGAAUGGAAAAGCCCUUCAAGUCAGAGCACAACUGAUCAUGAAUGUAAUCUGCAUUGAAUCAGCUUUCUCAGAUCUAACAGCUACAAGCUGAGUCCUGGCAAAAGCCACAGCCUUAAAUUCCAUUUAGUGGGAAAGAAGAAUAUAGAGGACUAAAUGUCUUGCCCCAUUGCAGAAACUGCUGUCUCCGAGCCUGACACUUGAGUCCUGUGCUGACCAACCAGAGUAACAAACAAUGAGUUUUUCAUAGGUCCAGCCAGCAUCCACAAAUAUUUCAGUAUGUAGCCAAAAGGAGAGAUGAAGCACUUAAUUAAUAGCAGAAAAUUAAUUCAUUUACUAUAACAGAG